AGGAAAGGAGGGAGUUCGAAGUUAUGCUAGCUAGCUGUUGUUAGUUUCUAUAACUGCCUAACUAGUCAACUUUUUAAACGUCAAGUUCCAGGAAGCUACAGCAACCUUGUAAACAGUUGACCACCAUGGAUAUUGAGGAUGACACGACGGUGUUCACCACUCUUAAGUCGUUUAAGAGUUUCAUCUCUCUCCCGGACACGUCUCGGAACCAGGGAGAACCAGCCCCGGUGCAGAGCCACGUCCUACAGAACCAGUACCUGCAGAGAUUACAGUUGCUGGAGGCAGCAGAGAAGGUUCAGUCUAAGACCCAGCUGAUCCAGAUGGACCAGGAGAAGAGACAGAUGGAGAUCAGUCACAAGAGAGCACGCAUCGAACUGGAGAAGAACGCUACGCUGAGCGCUAGGGACUUUGAGCGUGAGGUGGACCGUAACCAGGACCUGCUGGGACGAAUCAGACGCCUGGAAGAGAGGGAGGCGGAGUCUAGCCAGAGCCUAUCGGAAAAGGCAGAGGCAAACCGUGCUCUCCGUCGGACCCUGGAUUCUCUCAACAGAAGGGUGGAGGAGAGGGACGAAUUGCUCAACACCUCUAACCAGACGGUGAGUGGUUUAAAGGAUGAGAUCCGUGACCUGAAGCAGCAGGUCCAGACUCGGGACAACACCAUCUCUAACCAGACACUGGAGAACCAGGGACUACAGGAACAAGUGGAGCUACAACACAGGAAGUACCAGGAAGUGUCUCAGCGGUGCCAGGCCCUCCAGUCAGCAUCGUCCACCUGCUCCGACCACGAACUCAAGAUUAAGGAGUUGGAGAGGAAGUUGGCUCUGCAGGAACAGGAUGUUGUCAUAGUGAAGAACAUGAGGUCAGAGGUCGCUAGGGUCCCGGAUAUGGACAAGGAGCUCCGACAGCUACGAGAGGAGAACGUUUACCUCAGGGAGACGAGGGAGAACGUGAUCCUGCUGAAGGAGGAAACGGAGGGAUUGAGACGUAAGGUAGAACGAAUGGAGAAGAUGAAAGAGGAGAUGGUGAACGUGGAGCUGGAGAAGGAGAAACUGUCUCAGAAACUGCAGGCCUGGGAGAACCUGGGGCAGUCUACUGGACUCAACAUACGGACACCAGAGGAUCUGUCCAGAGAGGUGAUUCAGAUCCAACAGCGAGAGAUCGCUGUCAAACAACACAACUACACUCUCACCAGCAGCUGUAGGUCGGUGGAGCGGUCUAAGACUGACCUCCAGGGGGAGCUGUUGUCGCUACGUUCUAAAGCUCUAGAAGAGCAGAAGAAGAGAGAGACCCAGGAAUCCCUGGUCAGACGACUACAGAAGAGAGUGCUGCUCCUCACCAAGGAGCGAGAUGGGAUGCGUGCCAUCCUGGAGUCCUAUGAUAGUGAGCUGUCUUCUAGCGACUACACUCCUCAACUCAACCGCAGACUCAGAGAGGCAGAAGAUAUACUGACCAAGACACAGAACCACAAUACAGAGAUGGAGGUUCUGUUGACUAAGGCUCAAGAGGAGGCUGGGGCCCUCAAACUACAAGUACAGACUAUGGAGUUGGAGCUGGAGGUUAUGAAGAAGCAGCAAGACUCCGUCGCCGAGGGCAACCCCUUAGCAACGAACGAGGAAGUCAACACACUCCGGCUGAAGAUUGAGGAGUUGGAGGGAGAGCGACAACGUCUGGAAGAACAGAACACUGUUCUAGAGCUGAGGCUGGAGAGACACAACUUACAG